AUGAAAAUUACCAAGGUACAUAUACCUAUCCUUAUUUUACUUUUUUGCAUUUUAUUUGAGUAUCUAUUAUGCAAUGACGUUGCAAAGAAAAGUAACCUACUUCAUAUGAACGCUACCCUUAAAAGUUUAAUUAAAAAGGAUAAAAAGAAUGUACUGUUAAUAGUUGUGAGUGUAAUGCUAGCUGUACUUCCAUUAGUUUUAGCUGGGUUGGGAAUACAUUAUAAAAGGAAAAAACCUUCUUUUUGGGACGAUUUGGGUUAUGACGCACAUGGUAUUUUAAACAGUACAAUUUCACAGGGAGUAUGGAUUGCAAAGAAAAAUAUGACUAAAGACAGAAUUCCCAUAGAUAAGUUAUUACCACGAAUUGAUGAUAUAAAAAGUAUAAUAAAAGAAGAAUUGGAAUAUAGAAAAUUAGACAUUAAUAGAUAUGACGCAUUACAAAUACAAGAUUUAUGUAAUUUUUCACUUUACAAUAUUAGAGAAUCCAUGUUAUCAUUUCAAAGAAAUGCAUGA